ACAGAAAUACUCAAAUGGACAGAUUUAAUAUCCAUAGCCAUUUUUUUGAUGAGAAGGGUUAUUCACUAUUUCUCCUCUAUGAUGGCCAUGGUGAUGAAAGAUUUUCAAAGCAUGCAAAAGAACAUUUAGCAAAUCUGAUCGAAAAUGAUAUUGAAUUCAGUACUCAAAAUUAUGAAAAAGCAUUUAUUAAUGCUUUUAAAAAUGAAGAUGAACUUUUAAAAUUGACAUUUGGAUCCCGAGCAUUUGGUGGAACUACUGCUACAG